AUGUCAAAAAUACACGAUGCUACCGGACUCAGUCCGGAGACAAAGACAUCCUUCGAGGAAAAGAUUGAGCACGUUGAAGAGCAGGAUCAGAUGCUACAAAGAUAUGACCUUCUCAAGGAUCUAACCGCGGAACAGCGAAAGGCCAUCAACAAGAGCUUGGUCCGGAAGCUAGAUUGGCGGUUUCUCCCCUGCAUCACUAUGAUGCUCUUGAUGAACUAUUUGGACCGCAUCAAUGUCUCCAACGCUCGACUCGCCGGUAUGCAAGACGAUUUGGGGAUGAGCGACACGCAAUGGUCCUUGGGAAUCAGCAUGUUCUACGUCGGAUACAUCAUUUCCCAACUUCCUGCCAAUAUCAUUCUCGCCAAGGGCCGACCGCGCAUCCUUCUUCCGAUAUUCAUGAUCGCCAUGUCCGCGGUGACCAUCUGCAUGAUUGCAUGCAAGAAUAGUACAGGCUUCAUCCUCUGCCGCUUCUUUAUCGGAGUCAUGGAAGGACCUCUCGUUCCUGCAGUGUCUCUGGUGACAUCGUCAUGGUAUACAAAGGAAGAGUCGCCACUUCGCAUGAGUAUAUGGCAUGCAGGAAACAUUAUAUCCAACGUCAUAUCAGGAUUAUUGGCUGCUGGUAUUCUGACACAGAUGAAGAAUACUGCAGGUCUAUCGGCUUGGCAGUGGUUCAUUCUCAUCGAAGGGAUUGCCAGCGUCCUAAUAGGUGCCGUGUCGUUCUGGUUCAUUCCCAACUGGCCCCACAAUACUGGUACAUACAUGUUCACUCCAGAGGAGUCUCAAAUGGCCCAAUACCGCCAAUUGGUCAAUGCUGGUGGUAUUACCGAGGAUGAUGAAGGUGGUGCAUGGGAGGGCACCGUCAUGGCAUGCAAAGACCCCUUCACUUGGCUGUUCACGUCUCUACAUUUCUUCGUCAUUAUCGGACAAUCCUUCAAGGACUUCUUCCCUUCGAUCUUGGAUACCUUUGGCUUUGACGAGACUGGCACCUACCUUUUACAAGCUCCGCCAUACGUCUUUGCAUACAUUGCAUGUCUCGCCGUGUCUUGGAGCAGCAGUAGGUUCAAGGACCAUGGCUGGCACAUAGCUAUAGUCAUGUUACUAUCUCUGGGGGGUACGGUCAUCUUGAUUGCCACGCUCGACCGGGCUGCGAGAUAUUUCAGUCUGUUCCUGCUGUGCACCGGUCCCUUUAUUGCCCUCAACCUUCAUAUCUCCUGGGAGACGGCAGUGGUACAGCGACCCCGCACCAAGAGGGCAGCGCUGCUCGCCAUUACAAAUGCAUCAAGCAGUGUCACACACUGGUUCUCGCCUUACUUCUUCCUCACUAAUCAGGAGCCCCGAUAUGAGACGGGUGGAGGUAUCAUCAUUGCUGGCUGUGGACUCUCUGUCUUCAGCUGCCUCGCCUUGAGAUGGUGGAUCUCCCGUAAGAACAAACAACUUGAAGCAGCCCAACGAGAGACGGGCGAGUUUAACAGUUGGCGUUUUGUAAAUUAG